AACUGCCGCCUCGCACGCAUAGUGGGGAGACACUGCGAGAGAGUUUUACGUACCGAAAUGAAACUACUCGACAGAGAAAGUGAGAGCAGACGUAGCGGUGCCGGCAGACACCGACGACGAGCAGGCGAGUAGGCGUUCUCCGGGGGCCCUCGACGAGAGAGGACAUGAUGCGAGCCCUCCACACGGCGAGGAGCUUCGCCACCGUGUGGUAACACGGACACGCUCCAUCGGUCGUCCACAAAGUGUUGAAUUUCCCAUGAAAAGAGAGCUCUUUUUCGGAAAAUCAGAAAGAUUGGAGAAACUCUGGUGGAAAAUAGGGCCGGUUAUCUGUCGAAAGCAAGUGCAAGUGAAGAAGAAAUGAGAGCGGCGUACUCACGACGGCGGCAUUUUGGAGAUACAGAAGAGACGGACCUCGAAGCUUGACGGGUAUCGGUCUGUGGAAAACUUAGGCGACAUUUUGAAGAUUCUGUCCUGUGCGGCCCCAAUAGUCGAAGUGGCAAGACCUUGUAGUACCGCGAUAACGUGCGAUAAGAAAACGUAACUUCUCGCAGUUUCAUAAAUACAUGUUCUUAUUCGCAUGUUCUCAUCAGUUAAGUCUCACUAUUCUGGGUAUAUAAAUCGCGAGUGCACGGGCGUUUCGUGAGAUGUAGUCGUGGAAUUGGCGGAAGAAUAUCUCGCGGUGAUAAGGAAACCCGUCGCACGGUACCUUCAAUUGUGUUAUGGUGCUGAGGACUAUCCUGGUCAUACGUGGCAGACGAAGAGGUCGUAGAAGAGAGGGCGGCAGGAGUAGUGUCCUGACGGGUUCCCUCUGAGAAAUCGCUCACAUUGCUUCGAUCAGCCGAGGAGAAAUCCGGGAAGGUCACGUUUGUUGAAUCGUAAAACGAUGGGUGCAUCGAGGCUGCGUCAUUGGCUUUUCGCUGCAAUCGUCCUGAGUCUUUCCUCGAACUUGAUGGCGAGCGAGGUGCAGCGCUUCAAGAGCUCCGAUUCCUCGGCUAUCGACGUGCAAAAAGAUGAGACCAAGCGUACCGCGAUCGUAGCAAUUCGCCGGCGGAGAUAUGUACGAUUUCCGACGGGAUCUGCUUACCUCCUCGAGGGUGGCUCGAUACCACAUGGCAGAAAUCUUGGGUCGCAUCCGGCUACUCGUUUCGUGCCGCAGGCUCAAUUGUCUGGCUCAUGGAGACAGCACAAGUCUCUUUGGAGAAGUCCCGCAAUUUCCGAUUACAAUAGACCGGUGAUGUCUCAUCGGACGCCGCGACUGAUAUUUCGUGACAACGAUUUCCUGCCGCCGGUUGGAGGCGGCGCGGCUUCCUUUUUCCAGCAGUCUAAUCAGCUGCCAGAUUUCGAGGAUGAUAUCAGAGAUCUCCGGAAACAGACACCGGAUGAUUUCCCCAGAUUGGAAACAGAGAUGCGCCAAGAAAAAAGACCGCUGUGGAAAGGCGACGAUACAUUGUGCGCGGACGGACGGAGCUGCGAAUUUUUUCUAAUAUGCUGGAUGUCUGCUGGCCUAUUGGACGGCAGCUGCGGCGGCAUUAUGUACGCGUGUUGUCAGAAGAAAGACCCUAAAGCUCUCACUGAUUAUAACCUGAUCGAGUCGCCUAGAGAUCAAUCUCGGCCGCUUCCGCUGGAUUUGUACACGGAGACCGCCAGCGACGAUCGUUGCGGCAUACCGGUUGUCUCGAAACAAAUCGCGCAGAGGAGAAUCGUCGGCGGCGACGACGCCGGUUUUGGCAGUUUCCCGUGGCAGGCUUAUAUACGGAUCGGUUCCAGCAGAUGCGGCGGCACUUUGGUCAAUCGGUUUCACGUUGUCACCGCUGGCCAUUGCGUUGCGAAAGCGUCGGCGCGACAAGUCCAGGUCACUCUCGGCGAUUACGUGGUGAAUUCUGCGAGUGAAAAUUUGCCCGCUUAUACUUUUGGAGUUCGAGAAAUCAGAGUGCAUCCUUAUUUCAAAUUCACGCCGCAGGCGGACAGGUUCGAUGUGGCUGUGCUUCGAUUGGACCGACCGGUUCAUUAUAUGCCUCAUAUAGCACCUAUAUGUCUACCGGAGAAAAACGAAGACUUCCUGGGACAAUAUGGCUGGGCUGCGGGAUGGGGUGCUUUACAAGCAGGUUCUAGAUUACGACCCAAGACUCUGCAAGCUGUAGACGUGCCCGUGAUCAAUAAUCGCAUCUGUGAGCAGUGGCAUCGGUCGAAUGGUAUCAACGUCGUCAUUUACGACGAGAUGAUGUGCGCCGGCUAUCGAAGCGGCGGCAAAGAUUCGUGUCAGGGUGACAGCGGAGGUCCGUUGAUGUUGGAGAAAACUGGUCGAUGGUACCUCAUCGGCAUCGUCUCCGCAGGUUAUUCUUGCGCACAGCCAGGUCAACCAGGGAUCUAUCAUCGCGUAGCUAAGACCGUCGAUUGGAUUACAUAUGUCAUAAACUCGUAGCGCAUCCGCAACCGCAGGAGAAUUGUUCUCACAAGGAAGAGUUGUUUUCGGUGUUACACUCGGAUUUCAAAAAUUUUUGCAUGCACAGGUAGGGCGUCUCUAAUUAGAAGAAAAAUUAAAACAUUUUAGUAGUUAUAUGUGGACUUGAGAGUUCAACACGGAUUUCUACGUGUUUAAAAGUUUACAUAUAAAUGUAUUUUACAGUACAUAAAACGUUUAGUCAAAUGUCAUAAUACAUGGACGUCUCGAGCCAUCUUCAGUGCAAUAAAUUAAGUGCAAAAUUUCACUAUCUCCUCCGACGCCAUGAUGAGAGCUUAGGGAUUGCGUAAUCCGAAAUCACUACCUCACGAAACAUGUGUGAUUAUGGUCUGUACAAGUUUAAGCCUCAACGAUUAGAAAUUAUCAAAAUAACAUUCAAAAUUAACUCACCAUACAAUCAGUGAAACGUGAAAAUUAAAUGAAGUCGUAAAAAAUAAGAUCUGAAUCGAUAUACAUUGAAUUAAAAAACACAUCAUACAAUGCUGUAAGUCAGAUAAGUAAAAACUUAAUAAAUAAUAAAACAGAUACAAUUAAAGUAAAUACACAAGAAUUAUAUGUCCUAAAAAAGUAAAAUUAUUAAAAAUCUUCCCAGUUAGGGACUCCCUUACCUGCACGCAAAAAAAUUUUGAAAUUCGAAUGCAACAUCUAAAAACCUUAUUUUGGCAGAAAGAGCCUGAAUUCUGUGACACGAGGAUCAGACAGCUUUCGCAUUGAAAAUGAUUUCCGGGGUCUAAAGCACAUCCGAGAAAUCAAUGUGACACAAUGAUAUAAGCAUUUAAUGAGAGAAUUCAUUUGAACUGACUUUCAGAAAACCAUAUGUCUAACGAAAUUAAAGCCAUUUUACUUCACGGGAAUGUAAAUGUAAUUUAGAGUAAAAUGUAUCGUAGACGUCGUAAUAAACGAUUUCGUGUUUUCGUCAAUAUUGUUUCAAAAGCGAGGAAAAGCUUGACGUUCCCUAUUAAAUGUAUAAUACGUUAUUAUAUAAGUAUCUCUAUUGACACAAGUGGGUGGAGUAAGUAUGUUGUAAUUACAACGAUGUGAAUGUUUUGUAAAUUAAGCAUGUAUGAUAUAUGUAUGAAUUUGCGCUUAAUAAAUACUUUGUUUUUGAUGUUAUUCUCAUUAAAACAGCACUGAACUCUCUACGGUACGAUUGCAACAACUAAUUCUACAAUAUCUAUAAUAAUGGCAUAACGUUUUAAGUAUAACUCGAGACCAUUGCCAAAGUAACAGAUGUAUUAUGAAUUAAUUUAAAUUUUAAUAUCACUAUGAU